UACGUGGAGCUGGUGGAGGGGCUGCGGGACGGGCAGGUGCACGCGCUGAAGCGCAUCGUGUGCCACGACGCGGAGGCGAGCGGGGCGGCGCUGCGCGAGGUGGAGAUGCACCAGCUGCUCGCCCACCCCCACGUGCUGCGCCUCGAGGCCCACGGCGUGGUGGACAAGGGCGCCACGCGCGAGGCCUGGCUGCUGCUGCCCUUCUUCCAGCGCGGGACCCUGUGGAGCGAGGUGGAGGCGCUGCGGGACAAAGGCGCCUUCAUGGGCGAGGAGCGGAUCGUGCUCAUGCUGCGUGGGAUCUGCCAGGGGCUGGGGGCCAUCCACGCAAAGGGCUAUGCCCACCGAGACCUGAAACCCACCAACGUGCUGCUGGGGGACGAUGACCAGCCCGUGCUGAUGGACCUGGGCUCCGUGAACCAGGCCCGCAUCGAGGUGUGCAGCUCCCGUGAGGCCAUGGCCAUGCAGGACUGGGCCGCGCAGCACUGCACCAUCUCGUACCGGGCGCCCGAGCUCUUCACGGUGGAGAGUCACUGCAUCAUCGACGAGCGGACGGAUGUCUGGUCCCUAGGCUGCGUGCUGUACUGCAUGAUGUUUGGGGAGGGCCCCUACGACAUGGUCUUCCAGAAGGGAGACAGCGUGGCCCUGGCCGUCCAGAACCCGGUGGCGGUGCCGCCCCACACAAGGUACUCGCCCGCCCUGGAGCAGCUGCUGCGCUCCAUGAUGACGGUGAACCCCCAGGAGCGGCCACAUGUUUCCCACAUCCUGGACCAGCUGGAGGGGCUGCAGUUGGCACCGCCUGGCCAGGACACCACCCGCAUCUGAGCCCUGCAGCCCCCCCGGGGCAGGUUUCGAAACGCGGUUUCGGCACAGCUAUGCUCCCUGCUCCA